AUGGCUUCCUCCGAUCUUGCCGCCACCUACGCUUCGCUCAUCCUCGCUGAUGAGGGUCUCGAGAUUACCUCGGAGAAAAUCGUCCAGUUGACCACUGCAGCCGGUGCACCCGUCGAACCCAUCUGGGCCACCCUCCUUGCUAAGGCUCUUGAGGGUAAAGACGUCAAGGAGCUUCUUACCAACGUUGGUGGUGGAGGUGCCGCUGUUGCUGCUGCUCCUGCUGCUGGUGGUGCUGCCGCUGCCGCCGGUGGUGCCGCUGAGGAGAAGGAGGAGAAGAAGGAAGAGGAGAAGGAAGAAUCUGAUGACGACAUGGGUUUCGGUCUUUUCGACUAA